UCGCUUGACGGGUGAGGAAGGCAAAGAAUUCUCUGCAGAUGUCGGAAGACACUUUCCUCAACUUUGCAAAGUGUUUAAGGCACACAUUUCUAGUCAAAACUCGGAGCUAAGUAAUGCGGCAUUACAGGCAUUAGGAUUCUGCGUUUUUAAUUCAAAGAUUACGUCUGAAUUAUCUGCAACUGAAAUACGAGAUUUGCUUUCAAUGGUGAACAGUGUUGCUGUAAAAACUUCAGACAAAAACACUCGCACACGGGCACUUUGGGUGAUCUCUAAGCAGGCGUUUCCUUCUGAAAUUGUUAAAAAGGAGGUGUCCAGUAUUAUUUCUACUCUGGAAACAAUACUUACUAAAGGAGAUGUACAGUCUAUGGUAGUUGAAUACGAAGCACUAAAUGUUAUUAUACGCUUAAUGGAGCAAACUCCAGCCCAGAUGGGAGAAGAGGCUGUGAGGUGGGCAAAACUGAUCAUUCCUCUGGUCGUCCAUUCCGCUCAUAAGGUGCAGUUACGAGGUGCCGCUGCUCUGGAGAUGGGCAUGCCGCUGCUCCUCCAGAAACAGCAGGAGGUAGCGGCUAUCACUGAGCACCUAAUGACCACAAAAUUAAUUUCAGAACUUCAGAAAUUGUUUUCUACAAAAAAUGAGACUUAUGUGUUAAAAUUAUGGCCACUGUUUGUCAAGUUACUUGGAAAGACUCUGCAUCGUAGUGGCAGUUUUAUCAACUCAUUGCUGCAACUGGAGGAACUUGGAUUUCGUAGUGGCUCACCAGUGGUAAAGAAAAUAGCCUUCAUUGCAUGGAAGAGUCUAAUAGAUAAUUUUGCUCUAAAUCCAGAUAUAUUAUGCAGUGCUAAAAGGCUGAAACUGCUAAUGCAGCCACUGAGCUCGAUCCAUGUGAGAACAGAGGCUUUGGCACUGACAAAACUGGAGGUCUGGUGGUAUUUACUCAUGAGGCUGGGACCUCAGCUGCCUGCAAACUUUGAACAGGUUUGUGUACCAUUAAUACAAAGUACUUUAAGUCUAGAUUCUUCUGCUGCAUUGCAAGGAACUCCCUCACGUGUAGGAGCCAACCAAAGUUUAGCCUCGGCAACCCCUGUACAGAAAUCAGGUCCUUACCCGUUUGCAAGUCCAGUAACACCAAGGAUGCACUUGAAUUCUAGUACAGCAGGAGUGGUGGUGAUUCCUUCCAUUCAGCUUUUGGGAAUUGAAAUGCUGCUUCACUUCUUGAUGGGACCAGAAGUCCUAGAUUUUGCUAAGCAAAACAAACUUGUACUUAGUUUAGAGCCUCUCCAGUACCCACUGAUCAGUAGCCCUUCUUUUUUUUGUAAGCAUGCCAGCACGCUUAUAAACGCAGUUCAGGAUGGCUUUAUUGCAAUCGGAAAAGAAGUUCCUGAUUGUAUGCUGAAUAUUAUAUGGAAGGACAUAAAUGGAUAUGUAAAAACAGCUAUUGAAUCAGGAAAUAAGAAAGAAAAGCAAGGGUCGGAAAUACUGACUAUGUUGCUCCAGGCCUUAAAAAACACUGUUAGAUCAAAUUCUCUUCCUGUGCAGAAACUACUGUCCCUCAUUGAUAUUACUGUUAAGGAAUUGCCUCCAAAAGUAUUGGGAUCACCAGCUUAUCAGGUUGCUGAUAUGGAUCUUUUAAAUGGAACACCAGCUUUGUUCUUAAUUCAGCUGCCUUUCCAUAAUAACCUCUUGGAAUGCUGUGUAACAGAUGAGAGAUUCUUUGUAAUUCUAGAAAUGCUCGUGAGUUAUGUUUUAUCUGGGCCUACAUCUCCGCUGGCUUUCAGUGAAUCUGUGAUCUGCGUAAUUAAUCAGAGUGCAAAGCAAGUGGAAAAUAAGGAGCACCUUUGGAGAAUGUGGAGCAUUGUUGUUAAUCCGCUAACCAAAUGGAUUAAUCAGACUAAUGAAGUGAAUCAGGGUGAUGCACUGGAACACAACUUCAAUGCUGUUUAUAGUGCGUUGUUGCUACCAGUAUCACACAUCUUCCCCAUUCAGGAAUUUCCACAGCCAACUAUGAAAUCCUUGUUGCGCACUUGGUCAGACCUGUAUAGAGCAUUUGCUCGCUGUGCUGCUUUAGUUGCAACAGCAGAAGAAAACCUAUGCUGUGAAGAACUUUGUGCCAAAAUAAUAUCUGGGCUAGAAGGUGAAACUCCAGUAAUGUUUUCAAUGAUGGAUGGUCUCACCCAUAUUAUAUCAGUUAUGGUUGACUGCAUCAACUUUGCACCAUACGGUACUAAAUAUCAGCCAAAAAACAGAUCUCCACAGACACCUACCGAUUGGUCUAAGAAGAAAAAGGAACCCCUUGGAAAGCUUGCCUCUCUAUUUAAACUCCUGGUGAUGUUACUAAACUCUUUCCAUGUUUUCAGUUCCAAAGAAAUCUGUUCAGAAACAUUGGUCUCUGUUGGUCCUUCAAUUAUUGCUAUUCUUCACAACAUCAUCAGCCACGUUUCAUUGCCUUCAGUGAUUGGGACCAUGUUUGCAAUUUUUUCAAAACCCCUGGCAGUGUUUUAUGAAAAAACAAAGCUUGCUGAUGUAUCUAAAGUAUACAGUAAUCUUAACAACAAGCUUGAAAAACUGCUGGCCGAGAUUAUCCUGUGUUUACAGUCUCACUGCACUGGCUCUUACGACAGUGAACUGCUAGAGCAGCUUUCUCCGUUGCUCUGUGUAGUAUUUCAGCAUAAGAGCAAACAGAUCCGCAACCAAUGUGCCCAUUUCUGGAACACAACAUUUGCUAAGACUACGUCAUUAACAUAUCCUGAAGAGUUAAAAUCUGUGUUAAGCCAAGCCAAAAAGAAAAUUCCACUCUUGCUGCCUGGUUUUGAAAGCGUUGAGAUAGCCGAAGAAUACAGCGGCCCAUUCUCUGAUGCGAUGGAAAAUUCACAGCUGGAUGCAAAGAUAAGUGGAAUGGAAGUAAAGUUGGGUCAAAAACAACACUCUAUAUUGGCACAGACGAGUGAACUAAAAAACGAAGUAAAAGACAAGUCCAGUAACGCGCAAGUACCAUCUGCAAAGUUGAAACUAGAAUUUUCGUCUUUGAAGACUAAAAGUGAGGUACUUUUGGAAGAGGAGAAAUCUGUUGAUUUUGUUUUUAUUCCUCCAGAAACAAAAGCAAGAAUACUGACGGAACAUCAAAAAGAAGUGCUUAGGUCAAAGAGAGUUGGUAUUCCUGCUAUGUACAACAAUUUGGACACAUCGCAAGAUACUACCUUGUUUUCUCAGUACACUCAAAGCCAGGAAGAGCCUUUGGAAAAAUCAUCUUUACUAGAAAAUGCAAAAGAAGAUACUAAAAACAAGCCUCAGGAAGAAAAUGCAAAGAGUGAAGGAUGCACCAACAAAUCAGAUGAAAUCACAGAGGACUGCAAGUCAGAUAAUCCCCUUGAGAAUGGUGACUGUGUGAAAAAGUCAUCUGUUAGUCACAUAGAGGAGAGCUCAACUUUAAACAGUGAGGGAGAGUCAAAAAGGGAUACGGCUGAAAUGAUUCUGGAGGAGCCGUCAGUUAGAGAGGGAUUAGAAAAAAGUACUGUGGAAACAGCUUCAAAGGAGCCCUUAAUAGGGAAUGAAAACACUUCAAAUGUCAGCAACAGUUCAACUUCAAGUGACAUCAUUUCUGGAACACCACAGCCUGCAAGCCGACGGCAGUCUUUUAUUACUUUGGAGAAAUUCGAUAGUUCAGAGAACAGACCCUUUAGCCUUUCAGCAUUAAACAGUUUAUCAGAGAUGUCUGGAAGUGCUUCUGUGGCAGGUAAACAGGAAAAUACAAAUGUAUGCAAGACUGGUGCUAAACCAGAGAAAUCUGGAGAAGAAAAUAAAAAGCCUUCAAAAUCUGAGUCUGAACAAAUAUUUACGGCAAUACGAAGGCUAACUCGCAGGCAGAGUAAGAUGGAGCACCAAGGAAAUAAGCAGUCCAAGUUGAUAAUUAGGUCAGAACAAGAGAAAAGCGCACAAGAGUCUUUUGCUUCCAACAGCAUGGAAUAUAGUCCUGAGCUAUCUUCUGCAGUAGAAGACAUGGAACGUAUUCUCCUUGCUCAGUCCCAAGCUCUCUAUUCUACAGAAGUAGAAAUUAAAAAAGUUGAAGAUACGAUAGCAGAAAUAGAAAAGAUCCAGGCAUUAGAUACGGAUUCUAAAGAAAAUACACCCCCAGAGACGACCAUGUCAUCUGACCAGGUAACAGGCGAUGAUAGUCAGGUUCCACAUGUGUCUCCUAAUCAGAAAAUACUAAGACGUUCUUCAAGACGACGGUCAGAAACUGUAGAAAGUACAGCAGGCAGUCAAGAUAAGGAAGAUGGCCACCAAAAGAGAGACAGACGUAAAGAAGAUGAAAAAUCUGGGCAAAAGAAGGUGCCGCAGACUAAGGAUGAUGUAUCCCAAAAGCAGAAAGCAGUUUGUGGGAAAACUACAGAAAAUAUGAAUAAAAAAGAAAGCAACCUACCUGAGAGAACUGUUGCAGAGGACUUAAGCUCAAAGGAGUCUCCGGCUUCAAGGGGUCUUGAUGAGGAAGUGAACAAAAGUGCUAGGAGGUCAGAAGAUAAGUUGAAGACUGACACAGAAGGUGAAGACUGUAGCUCCAGUACAGCAGGUCAGAAGAAGAUUGAACGCCCACGAUACCACACAAGAAGAGCUUCACAAGGAUUGCUUUCCAGCAUAGAAAAUUCAGAUGCUGAUGGCUCUGAGACCAAGGAAGAAAGCACAAGGAAGAAAAGAUCUGCAAAACUGAAAAAUAGAAGUGAUUCUCUUGAAGGUAAAUUGAAAGAUCUACAGCCAGGAAGCCAUAGCCAUGAGGUGUCUUCCCAAGGAAACGAAGCUAAGAAUCUGUUGGAAACAAAUCAAGGUGAACUAAGCUGUGAAGUCAGCACAGAUACUGCGUUGACAUCUGAACCGUGUGACCUGGAAAACCAAGUAAUUCCUACAGAUGCUAGCAAAGCUGUGGGACCUGCCAGCUCAAAGAAUUCACCUGAUACACAGGACGCAAAUGUGGAACAAAACAAGGGCAAUACAUUGAAGGAAUCAUUCACCAACCCAUGUGUAUCUGAUCAAGAAUUGAAAGCAGCAGAGGAAAAUAAACACGUUGAGAAGCAAACAAACAUAGAACACACUUGUUCAGCUGUUCUCCCUGAAUAUGUACCAGGAGCAAAUGCUUCAGGUGGUGAUCUUUCCUCUUUGCAAAUACCUGAGUGUCAGCACAAAAGAAACAAAAGGCUGAAAAAACUAAGGAACUGUGAUUGCUGUUGUAAAAAGCCAAAGCAGCAAGUAAUGUCAUUCACUGAAUCAAAAAACGAGAACGCUCCUGAACGGAACAAGCCCCAAACCACCCCAGUUCGGACAUCUGUAAAUACAUCAGAGAUGUCUGGUAAUUCAAAUUUUGAUGAGAGCUUGUCCAUGGCACCUUGUGCAAUGAGCACUCCACUGCAUCCUCCUAAGGAAUCCAGUGCAUUUAACUUAGACAGAGAGAGAACACCUGAAGAUAAUCUGCAGGGAAACAGUGUUGUAGUGGAGGAGGAUCUAGAUAAUCCAGAGUGUAUAGCAGGUGAAAUUAAUGACUCCAUAGUGGAAAUAAAAGAACCUGCUGAUCAGAGUGACCGACCUGAACAGCAUCUCUCUGAGUGUGUUUUGGAUGAGCCUGGUGACAGCUGUCUGGCCGCAGGGAAUCAAAGCGAAGAACCAGCAGCUACAGAAGAGGAAGACAUAAGUCAGAAUGGACAACUGGAGGAGAUACCUGAGGCUACAGAAAAGGAAGAAGUAAGUCAGGAUGGACAACUGGAGGAGAUACCCGAGGCACUGAUUGUUGUUAGCAAACCUGAGAAGAAACAGAUGAAUGAACUAGAAAGCAAUCGGGAUGAUAAAGAAGCAGCCAAGAAUACUGUAGGAGACACUUGGAUUAUUCAAGAUGAAGAGAUGAAGGAGGAAUUAGUGGAAACUGAAAUUACAGUGCCUGAAAACGUGGCCUUAGACAAAGAUGCAGUAGAAAAUAACAGCAUAGAUUCACCUCAAAAGGCGGAAGAUCACGAAUCUUUAGUGUUAGUUAACGAAAGCCCUAAUGGUAUGCAGGCACGCUGCAUGUGGUCUCCUUCAGCUUCUCCAUCCACUAGUAUUUUAAAGAGAGGUGUGAAAAGAAAUCAAGAUGAUGAUUCCCUGUCACCUGCUAAUAAGAUUCGUCGAGUCUCUUUUGCAAAUCCAAUUUAUCAAGAAGGACUGGCAGAUGACAUAGAUAGGAGAAGUCCUGUUAUUAGAUCCCACUCUUCUUCACCAUCUUCCCGAAGUCUUAAAAUUUUAUCUAAUAUUCAGGCUAAGCAUAUUACCACUCCAACCAAAGGAUUUCUGUCCCCAGGAUCUCGUAACCCUAAAUUUAAGAGCUCAAAGAAGUGUUUAAUUACGGAAAUGGCUAAGGAAUCGCUGCCUUGCCCUACAGAAUGUGUGUAUCCUGCCUUAGUUGGCUGCAAAGCACCAGUUGAUGUAAUUUUACCUCAGAUUACAUCAAACAUAUGCGCCAGAGGCUUGGGGCAGCUCAUUCGAGCAAAGAACAUUAAGACAGUGGGUGAUCUGAGUACUUUGACGGCAUCAGAAAUCAAAACUCUUCCCAUCCGCUCUCCAAAAGUUUCCAAUGUUAAAAAAGCUCUUAAAGGAUAUCAUGAGCAACAGGUAAAAUCUCGAGGAUUUGAGGAAAUAGUAGUGCUUGAAGAUGCAGAAAAGCCUGUAAAUAAUGUAGAGGAUAAAUCUCUUUCUGUAGACGAAGAAAAACUUGCAACAGAUUUGAUUGAACCAGUUGUCUUGAGUACAAAUGACCAGCCCACAGCAGAUCUUCUGAGCCAAAUUGAUGCACUUGCUGCUCAGCUGACCUCUGAAGAUCUUCACGGCUAUUCAGGAAGCCAACUUUUUGAGAUGCAAGAGAAGCUUGUUGGCAUGACAAACUGUAUCAUGAAAAACCUGCAGUCCCGCUGGAAAUCGCCACCCCAUGAAAGUUCUGAUUAG